GGCAUGCAGGCAUUGGAAUACUAUCUGUUCCCUAUGCACUAGCAUCAGGAGGUUGGUUAGGAUUAGGACUCCUCUUUGCCCUAGCCAGUUCUACUUUCUACGCAGGACUACUAAUCAAGAAAUGUAUGGAUAUGGACCGAAACAUCAGAGCUUACCCUGACAUUGGAGAGAUGGCAUUCGGUAACAGAGGGAGAUGGGUUGUCUCAGUUUUCAUGAACCUAGAGCUUUACUUGGUAGCCACUGGUUUCUUAAUCCUGGAAGGCGAUAACUUGCAUAAUUUGUUGCCCAAUGUUGGUGUAAAGGUCGCUGGAUCCACAAUUGGGGGAAAGCAAACAUUUGUCAUAUUGGUGGCUCUCAUUAUAUUGCCUACUGUUUGGGUUAAUAACUUGAGCAUCCUUUCUUAUAUAUCUGCGAGUGGCGUCUUAGCUUCAACCAUCAUCCUUGGCUCGAUUGUUUGGACUGCUGAUGGUGUUGGAUUUCAUAAUAAGGGUGUUCUUCUCAACUGGAAUGGCAUCCCUACUGCUUUGAGCUUAUAUGCCUUCUGUUAUUGUGCCCAUCCAGUUUUCCCCACCUUAUACACUUCCAUGAGAGACAGAACACAAUUUUCCAAGGUUUUAUUCGUAUGUUUUUCCCUCUGCACAAUAUGCUAUGCGUCAAUUGCAGUUCUCGGUUACCUAAUGUUUGGUUCAAGCCUUCAGUCCCAGAUUACAUUAAACCUACCAACCAACAAAAUUAGCUCAAGGAUUGCUAUAUAUACUACUUUAGUGAACCCAAUAUCAAAAUAUGCAUUAAUGGUAACCCCAAUUGUAAGUGCUAUUGAGAACCAGAUUCCACCACAUUACAGUAAAAGACUAUCAAGGGUCUUAAUACGAACCACCCUGGUUCUCAGCACCGUACUGGUUGCCAUAGCAGUCCCCUUCUUCGGCGAACUCAUGUCACUUGUCGGAGCCUUUUUAAGCGUUUCAGCCUCGAUUAUAUUCCCUUGCUUAUGUUACUUGAAGAUUUCAGGGAGUUACAAGAGGAAUGGAUUCGAACGGGUAAUUAUCUCGGCUAUUGUCCUAAUGGGCAUCUCCAUUGCGGUUAGUGGUACUUAUGUAGCUAUUCAACAAUUAAUAUCCCGCAUGUAA